UUCUAUUACGCGUUUCGGCUCCUACUAUUCUAUCCGUUGUCUCAACGGUCGCUGUUCGUCUUUGGUCACCCAGUUGCAUGUCUUCUUCUAGCACCUCCUCUCAAUCUGUGUAAAUCAAACGCGUCUGAUCUUAGACAUGGACCAACCUCCAACUCCCGGAGAGGUCUCCUCUAAGAAUGAAACCGAAGUCAGCCUCAACGAUCUCGCUCCAGAGAGAGGAGAGCAACAGCCAGAAGGCAACGAUCCAGAGGAUCCACCUCAGCUCGAGAGACAGAUCACCAAUCCGUUUCGUCGUCGAAUGCAAAUAGCCCGCGCCGAAGCUGCUGCUCAAGCUGCCCAAGCUGCCCAAUCUACCCAAUCUGCAAGUCUCGCUGCAUCAAUUGAUACUCCUAGCAAUGAGACUGCAGUACAACCUCCUCCCAAAGCUGUCUUCAAAGACUUGAGGUCGGCUCACACAUCUAUUACCUCUUGUAAUGGUAGAACUAGAGCAGAGACCGUUGUUAAUCGUCCUGAGCUAGCAGUGCAACAAGGUGCCUCUGGAGAAUCCUCUGGAGAAUCUUCAAUUGCCCACUCCGACAUCGGUCAGCCGUUACCUCUUCCUGUACCAGAACCGACAUUCGAAGAGAUCGAUCUCGGGCCACGUGUCGAUAUGCCAAACACCCGCGAGCGUCAUCAAGUAGAGAAUGGUGACAUUGAAGGACAAACUUCUCUACAACGCCGCCUUUCUAUGUUAGAUUCUGUCACAUCUUAUGUCCGCAAUGUCUUCGCUCCAGUGAGAUCAGCAACAACAGGUCAUGCUUCAGACCAGGAUACACUGAAUGAGUACCGGUCUGCAUACCCGUCAACAUCAUCUAACGGCUUGGGCAACAACAGUCGACAAGAGCAUGGUACGAACCAUUUAGCACUCGAUGAUUCGUUCUUGCCGGAGAUGCAAUUCUCUUCAUCCCCCGCGAUCACCCACCCUAGGAGACAUGGAGGUUUAAGUAUGCAAUUCUCAUCAUCUCCCGCAAUUACUUAUCCCCGAAACCAUGGACGUCCAAAUAUGCAAUUCUCGUCACCUCCAGCAAUCACUUAUGCUGAGAGAUAUGACGGCCAAAGCAUGCAAUUCUCAUCGUCCCCUGCAAUCACUCAUCCUGGGAGACAUGGUGGUCCAAGCAUGCAAUUCUCGUCAACUCCUGCGAUCACUCGUCCUGAGAGAUAUGAUGGUCCACGCAUGCAGUUCUCAUCUUCUCCUACAAUCACUCAUCCCGGAAGACAAGGUGGUCAUAAUGUUGCAAGUAGUUCGACCUACAUGUCUCAACCAGAAGGUAGUACCAUUGGUGAAAUCUACAGACAAUAUGAAGGUACGGGAACAUCACCUGCAGCAAGAAAUAGCACGGUUGGCUUUACGUAUGGCAAUGGUGCUCCUAUGGUCGACCCCGAAUCUCUUCGACCACCCAACUACCUAUCUCUUCCUUCCGACAUUGAGCAUGACGCUAGACAAAGUGAGCAGUCUUCGUAUGGAGACUCUCAAGCUCUGUUAGAUGCAUCUGGAACUGGAAAUCUCACUGAAAACAGCAAUGAUCCUCAGUCUGCAUUGCCUACCUUUAAUGUCGAGCAUGUCCACAGUGACAAUGCUCUUUCUGUUGCACAAUCAACCGUUCCAAGUCUGACUGAUGUCAACUGGCGAAACCGGUAUAGCGUAACUCCCGAUAGCCGACUUGGUCGAGCAGAGAGCCUCCGGAGCCAGAACAAUCGAGCUACAACAGAAGCUCCACCUCGGGCUGUAUCACCAACGCCAACCGAAGUCGAAAGCGACAGGCUGCCUCUCGAGCGUGAGAUCAGUCAGGAACUCCGACGAGUCAGUGGAAUUAGCCAGACUAGCCUUGACGAUUCUGCUUACAGAGGCUACGAGGCUCGAUACAAUCCUGGCACAGAUGCACAUGGGAAUUUCGUUCCUCGAGAGCCAGUUGACGGUUCCAAUACUGAUGGUGUGUCUGAGCUCUCCGACGACUCUGAGAGCACUAUAGAUGCGCCCUAUCCACAGACAAAUCAUCCUCCACCACCUGCUCCUGAUGCAUUCUAUCAUGCUCCUGCUAUUCCUCCACAGUGGAUCUCGCCUUCGCACAAUAUUCGGAUACCCAUUGUUCGACCCGAGAUUCCACCACGUUCACCACGUCGACCAGGGGUUCCAUUCAGCUCAGUACCGCCAGUAGCUCCAGCUCCCCGUCAGUCUCAAAAUGAGGAUGACUGGGUUACGGAAGAUGGCAGUAUCUGGGAGAACGACUCAGUUGGCAUUAAUCACAGAGUUCGGCGAAUUGAGAGUACAAUUACCGAUACUUCUGCUGCAUCGGCCUCAAUUAUGUCUGAAGAUAGGUACGGAUCAGCAGAACGCAUCACUCAGCAUCCUGCUCCGAUGGGUGGAACGUCCAACUACCGCCGCAGAGACCUUACGAACGGGAACCGACCGAUCCUACUCCCAACUCCUGACCAGUACAGAGUCAACGGGUUUCCUUCAAACUCAUUGAGAUUCAAGCCUCCGAAUGCAGUGUACCAAACCCCUGCCCCCCUUCGUCGUCGCCAUGAGCACCCGUUCGGCUCUUCGCCUCCGGAAGUUUUAUCCCCGACCAGAGGAGGCCGUCAAACCCAGUUCCCACUGACGACAUCUACACUGACAAGUGAUGAUAGUGGAACGACUUCUCGAAGACCGGAUAGCCGCGUCAAGCGUAAUGAUUCAGACCGCAACAAUCGCUUGUCCCAUACCCGCGAUUGGAGGCGACGUCCUGUCUCUGCCAAUUCUACCACUCCCCGUCGCAUUGCUGAAUCUACAGGCACUGUUCGUCCAGAACGCCCUACUUCUUAUGGCUUAAUGGCUGCUUUUGCGGCUGGCGAAUCGGUCCCUGGUUACAACAUAGUUAAUGGACGAGUUGUGCCGGAUUACGAGCAGCUGGAUGGGAUUUAUGGUCCGGAACCUGUUUUGCAUCACGAAAGCCAAAACAGAAGAACAAUCCGGCCUCGUGUUGGAGACGUACCCGUGGGCGGAUUCGACUACCGGGGACCCUCAGCAGCUCCAAAGUACAACAGAGGACGAGACUUGUAUACCCCGUCGCAGUUAAUUGAGCUCGACGAUAUGGCACCACGUGGCCCUCAUCAGAACCGGAUGGUCUCUACUGUCAGCGAGGGACCUUCACAAAGACACCUCAGCGAAGCACCGAUUCUCAAUACCUUCGUCGAUGAGGAGAUGCCUGCACGAGUUGUCCGUGACUGGAACAUCAUGUGUCUCGUUAUUUGUGCCGUGUUCCCGCCGGUCCUGUUAUUAUUUGCGUCAGGCUUGCUCGACUUCUGCGUCGAUUGGUAUACGAAGGGAAGUCUGCCAAAGUUCAGCAGUUUCUACAAGAAGAUCGCUUUGGCUACGAAGUCGGACAGCACAGAAGUCGAGACAAGUCUUACAAUUUGUUUGCAAGGGAAGGUUUUUGAGGGGACGUUUUUAAGGGGAUUUGUCACGGAAGCGAUUUCAACUUCUGGUAUCUGAGAGUUGUGUUGUAAGAUAUGGGAUUUCGAGAAACGGGGCGGUUUGUUUGAGUUAUACCAAGAGUGUUAAGCAUGUCAGGCGUAUAAAAGGUUCGAAAUGUUGGAUUAGCGGGCGGUAAGAUGAGGUAGUUUACUGUACGUCACUAGCAAUCAUGAAGCAUAAAACCC